AUGAAGCUCAACAUUGGUUUAAUAUUUUGUGGUAUGAUUUUGUGUUGUACUUACUCAAUAUCAUUUGCAGAUCCAAUUGAAACAGAGGAUGAAUUUAUGGCUUCGCUGACAGAGCCGCAACGGCAGCUAUUAAAUAAUUUAGAACAAGUAGUCCUUUCUUCUAUCAUUAAUGCUACCACGAAUGGAAUGCGUGGCAGAAGCCCUGUAAACAACACUCUCGUAGAGAAAGUGAAAACCCUUCAGCGAUCGUUGACACCAUUACAAGGGCGAUUCUUUGGCUCCAUCGGUAAUGCUAUUGGUGGCUUCUUCAAAAAAGUUAUUGGUAGCACCGUUAAUAAAGUUUUUGGUGGUUCCUUGACUAAAUUUGUUGGUGGCUUCCUUGGAGGACAAGUCUGCUCGAAUGUUUGCAAACGCGUUAUUGGACGUCGCUGA